AUCUCUUUCUCUCUGCAUCUCCAGAUUUUGGAAUCAUCAUCAUCAAUGUGAUGAUCAAAGCAUCUUCAUCGUUGUAUCGCUUCUUUAGUACUUCUCGACGAGGUUUCGUGAGAUUUCUCCAAAAUCAGCGAUGCCUUUAACGAGGUCAAAGAGUCUGCCGGCGACGGAGAACGGUGGAUCCGAUUCGGGAAGAUCAGUGGCUGGGAUUCUCUAUAAAUGGACUAAUUAUGGAAAAGGAUGGAGAUCUAGAUGGUUCCUCCUCCGCGAUGGAAUCUUAUCGUAUUCCAAAAUCCGAAGACCGGAGAAUGUGAAUCUGUUAUCUCCUUCCGAUGAUGUGAGGUUAAUCGGAGAUAUUUCCACUGAUCGUUUCUCGAGAAUGAAGAGUUGUAGUGGCCGUAGUCGUCGGAAACAUCACAAAACCAUCGGCAUUGUUCAUCUCAAGGUUUCAUCUUACAGAGAAAGCAAAUCUGAUCAUAGAAAGUUUUAUAUCUUUACUGCAACCAAGACUCUGCAUCUGAGGACUGAUUCUAGAAGUGAUAGAGCAGCAUGGUUACAAGCUUUAGCAUCUACUAGAGGCAUAGUUCCUCUCCAGUCAAUCAGUGGGGAGUUCUCCUUCGUAUCACCAAAGGAUUUAUUCAUAUCUACAGAGAGACUAAAGAAACGGUUGCUUGAAGAGGGAAUGAACGAGAGUCUUGUAACAGAGUGUGAACAGAUCGUGGAUUCAGAGUUCUCUGAAGCUCAAGAACAGAUUAAACUUCUCCAUGAAGAACGGACAAAGUUGCUUGAUGCAUUAAGGCAGCUAGAGAUGGCCAACCUUGAAGCUGAAACCUCAGGGAUCCAUGACAAUGUCUACCAAUUAAGAAAUCAUAAGUAUCCGAGCUUACGGCGUGGAAAAUAUAGUGAGUGCAGUACUAGUGCUUCAUCUGAUGGUAAGCAAGAGUUUGAGGAUAUCACUGAGGAAGAUGAGGCUUCCUUCCAUGACACAAAGGAGUCAUUUAGUGAACCUGAUGUUGGUUCUGUGCACACACAUUUCAAGAGACGAACAAAGCUUCCUGAUCCAGCAGAGAAAGAGAGAGGUGUCAGUCUCUGGUCUAUGAUCAAAGACAAUGUUGGAAAGGAUCUCACACGAGUUUGUCUUCCUGUUUAUUUCAAUGAACCAAUAUCUUCCCUCCAAAAGUGUUUUGAAGACUUGGAGUACUCUUAUCUCUUGGACCAAGCAUAUGAAUGCGGAAAAUCCGGGAACAUUCUCCUUAGAGCCCUGAAUGUCGCUGCUUUUGCGGUCUCUGGUUAUGCUUCCACCGAAGGGCGACACUGUAAACCUUUCAACCCUUUGCUCGGAGAAACUUAUGAAGCUGACUUUCCUGAAAAGGGAAUUCGUUUCUUCUCUGAGAAGGUUAGCCACCAUCCAACAGUUAUCGCCUGCCAUUGUGAAGGUAAAGGGUGGAAGUUCUCGGGCGACACAAACCUCAGGUCGAAGUUUUGGGGGAGAUCGAUCCAACUUGAACCCGUUGGAAUCUUGACUCUCGAGUUUGAUGAUGGAGAAAUUUUCCAGUGGAGCAAAGUAACAACAACUAUAUACAAUAUCCUACUUGGUAAACUGUACUGCGAUCAUCAUGGGAUAAUGCAAAUCCGUGGAAAUCGCCAAUAUUCUUGUACUUUAAAGUUCAAGGAGCAAUCGAUUCUUGAUAGAAAUCCCCACCAGGUUAAUGGUUUUGUAGAAGAUGUAACUGGAAAAAAGGCCGCGACGGUAUUUGGUAAAUGGAAUGAUAGCCUUUACUAUGUUGCUGGUGAUGGACUCAACAAGGCAAGCGCCUCAUUACUGUGGAAAGCGACUAAGCCACCACCUAAUGUCACUAGAUACAACUUAACAUCAUUCGCGAUGACUCUAAAUGAAUUGACACCUGGUUUAGAGGAAAAGUUGCCUCCAACAGAUUCUAGGCUCCGACCAGAUCAACGGCACUUGGAGAACGGUGAAUAUGAGAAGGCAAAUGAAGAGAAACAACGAUUAGAGAGAAGACAGAGAAUGUCACGGCAAAUUCAAGAAAGCGGGUGGAGACCGAGAUGGUUCGAGCCUCAAGAAGAGAGCGAAAGGUAUAAGUAUAAGGGCGGUUAUUGGGAAGCACGCGAUGAUAAAAGUUGGGAUGAUUGCCCUAACAUAUUUGGAGAGUUCACCGAAGAGGUUGUAGAUUGUGCUUAAGCCGAGGGGUAAGGAGGAACUUGAGCCGGUCCGCUCCCUAGGGAUUGUGUCUCGACAAUGAACAGAGGUUUCUUUCGGUUUGAGUUUUCUGUUUAUCUUAACUCCGGAGAUAGAAAGAUGAUAUAUUCUUUUUCAGUUCUUUUGUAAUAAUGGUUUUGCUAUAGCUUCAAGAGGUUCCUAAAAAGAGAGUUUAUAGAGCCUCAAUGUAAAGGUCUCUGAGAGAAAUGUAGUGUGGUUCCAACAUUUGGACAAAUAUUCGUUGUAAUCUAUUUUGUACUUAAUUCUAUACAAAGGAAGCGAUUAGAAUUUGAGUUUAUGCACUUGUUGGUCAUUUAUUUAUCUGUAUCGGCCACGUCUCAAUCAAAGACCACCUAACCG